AUGAGAAGUGAGGAAAGCUCCGGAGCUCUGGGAGCACUGGGAGCACUGGGACUGAGGCGAACUCAGACCGGGCCAGACAUGGAAGGACAGAACUGCAACAACAUCUGCUCCUGGACGCAGAGACCCGCCACGGACUCCAAGAAGAAGAAAAAGAAAAAGGAAAUCCCGGAGAGGGUGACUCUGAAGAAGGAGAUCGGGCUGCUGAGCGCCUGCACAAUCAUCAUAGGAAACAUCAUUGGCUCUGGGAUUUUUAUUUCUCCAAAGGGGGUCCUAGAGCACUCUGGUUCAGUGGGUUUGGCUCUGGUGGUGUGGGCACUAGGAGGCUGUGUCGCUGCUCUAGGCUCAAUGUGCUACGCUGAGUUGGGUGUCACCAUUCCCAAAUCUGGUGGAGACUACUCCUAUGUGACAGAGAUAUUUGGUGGCCUGACAGGGUUUCUAUUGUUGUGGAGCGCAGUCCUCAUCAUGUACCCAACAACCCUUGCUGUUAUUGCCCUUACUUUCUCCAGCUAUGUGCUGCAGCCUGUCUUCCAAAACUGUGCUCCUCCAUACAUGGCAACACGACUUUUAUCUGCAACGUGUCUUUUAUUCCUGACCUGGGUGAACUGCUCCAGUGUCCGUAUGGCCACCAGAAUCCAGGAUGUUUUCACAGUGGGAAAACUUAUGGCUCUGUGUCUAAUCAUUGUUGUGGGUCUGGUACAGAUCUUCAAUGGAAACUAUGAAGCACUGACUACUAAGGUGGCCUUUUCCAUGGACAGGACACCAUCCGUUGGACAGAUUGCUCUGGCAUUCCUGCAGGCUUCCUUUGCCUUCAGUGGGUGGAACUUUCUCAAUUACGUUACUGAAGAGGUGGUUGACCCCAGACGGAAUCUGCCUCGCGCCAUCUACAUCUCCAUUCCACUGGUGACGUUUGUGUAUACGCUCACCAACAUCGCCUACUUUUCUUCCAUGACACCUGAGGAGCUGCUAUCCUCCAAUGCUGUGGCUGUUACAUUUGGUGAGAAACUGCUUGGAGCCUUUGCUAUCAUUAUGCCCAUCUCAGUGGCUCUGUCCACCUUUGGGGGAAUCAAUGGCUACCUGUUCACCUCUUCAAGGUUGUGUUUCUCAGGAGCCAGAGAGGGGCAUCUUCCCAGCCUGCUAGCUAUGAUUCACUACAAGAAAUGUACGCCCAUCCCAGCCCUCCUGGUUUGCUGUGCUGCCACUAUUGUUAUCCUGUGCAUCGGAGAAACCCACAACCUGAUCAACUACGUCUCCUUUAUCAACUAUCUGUCAUACGGUGUCACCAUCGCAGGUCUGCUGUGGUACCGUUGGAAGAAACCUAACUUAUAUCGACCUAUUAAGGUAAACCUGCUUGUCCCUGUGUCCUACCUUAUGUUCUGGGCAUUGCUACUGGGAUUUAGCCUGUACUCAGAGCCAGUCGUUUGUGGUGUUGGUUUGGUCAUCAUGCUUACCGGUGUUCCUGUCUAUUUUCUGGGUGUGCACUGGAAAGAAAAACCAAAGUGUAUCUACAAUUUUAUUGAACGGGCUACAUCUGUGGGCCAGAAGUUGUGUUUCGUGGUCUUUCCCCAGAUUGACCCGAUUGAGAUCGCCAGUCCUUCAGAAUGGACUGAUCGGUCAUCAGGCAGGAAGAGUUUUUCUGGCAGAUCGUAAAGGUUUCCUUUCUGAGAAUGUGAAGAUUUGUGUUCUGGUUCCUGUUUUUAAAUUGCUGUUGUUCAUGUUGAGGCAUUCUUUACUACAAUGAAAGUCUCCAGUCUGAUUUGUGAUCCUGAUAAAUCAGUUUUUCAUCUAAUAUUCAAUAUUCUGUUUGACAUGUGAAUUUUUAAAUUUCAUGUAUUUUCUUUUGAGGAUCAACGUGUGAAAAUCUAAUGGCCUUUGUUCCCCUUUCAUUCUUCUACAGAACCCUGAUUGACUGACAUUAGGUAAUCAUGCCUUUUAGUUACAUUUAGAAUUUCAUUGGGCUCUAAAGUCUUUUCGAACAGAUCAAAACCAAUAAAAAGUAAAAAAAAAAUUAGGCACCAUUUAUUUUUAGAAAUCAAUUAAAAUGCCACAAAAGUGUACUUUGUGUCUCCCCCUCCAUUCCUCUGCUACCUGACCCCUUUGUUAAUGUAUUUUUAAAAAGUGCCAUAUACUGUAAAAUCCCCUUUCCCUCUCACAGGCAAAUGUUUUUGAAACAUUUGCCUGAUGUUUCAGAUCAUCAGGCAAAUGUUAACAUCAAACAAGGCCUCCGUAAAUGGAAUAUAUCUAUAUAUAUAUCUAUAUAUGUAAGCAAAACGUAAGAAUUGUGUUGCAAGUAACACUCACAUUACAAUGCUUUUUCAUAGCAUUGAAAUGUGAGCUUCUGGUUUUGUCAAGCAACCCUUUAGAUCUACUACAGCCUGACAGAUAUCUCACUGACACAGCAGCAACACCGCAAUCCAAAUGAGCAGAAGCCAAGUUGGGACUAAAAGCCCUUUGUAGUCCAUUUGGUGCUGGAGGACAUUCAUUCCUGUUCAUGUUGCCACAUCUUUGGCUUGGACUGAAAUAUUUCAUAUUACAGAACAAUGCAGCAUUUUGUAUAGUUCUCAAGAGUUUAAUAAUCAUAAUGUAAAUAUACAGUCACGUGGCACUUUUGAUCAAUCUCACUUUGAACUCACUCCAGACUGGCUUAGACUAACUUUAGGGUGAACAUAGCUUUGACAUCCAACUGCUGUCGCUUGACCCAGGCAGGAAAACAUGUACAGGUUUCACUUUCUCAAAAAUGCCAAUAGAAUUACUCUCAGGGAGAGCUUGAAUGAGGCUGGAUUUUGGUCAGACGUUAUGGAUAACUUUUUGCUUGUCUUUUUGGUUACAUGUUUGGCAGUUUUUCAAAAAUGAUUUCAGAACCUAGAGCAAUUUCCAGACUUGUCAAUUGCAAUUGUAACUUUGCAACUCAAUUUUUCAACUUAGUGAAGCUGAAAUAUUUGAAAGACAUGUAUCUUGUCACGUAGUUGUCAGUUAAACUGUUGAUCAGUUAUUAACUAUAGCUUUUCCCAACAGUUUAGUUUUUUUGUUUGUUUGUUUUAAUUAACAUGUCAAUUAACUUACUCACAGGUUAAAACACUGUGCAAAUGGUAUUAAAUAGCAUACUGGUUUUUCAUAUUUUUACAAAUAAAAUCUAAGAUGUGGAGAGUACAUUUACAUUUAGCCCUUCUGAGUCGUACUUAAAAACUACUUUGGGAUGUUGACUUGCUGCAGUUUAACUUCUUAAAAUUUGGAAUUGUAAGGAAGUCUGGUAAAAUUUUACCUGGGUUAGACAAAAGUUACUCAUGAAGCACCGUAGGUCUUACGAGAGCUCCUGAUGUGACUAAAUGUUAGGAGCAGAGUGGAGGACUUCUUCAGCGUAAUGCCUCCAAUCUAAUAUGUCCCUCUGGGAUUUCUGUGUUCAUGGUUUAUGUGCGGUUUGUUUUCUGCAACACAAUGUGGCCAAAAAGCUAAUUUAUUUUGGCACAUUCCACAUGUUCAUUGUGUCCCUUAGCUUGAGGUUAACUGCAAACAUGACUCAUUAUGGCAGUCUUCCUUGUUUGUUUAAGAAUUUUUUGGGCACUACACUAGUAGUGAUUUUAAUUCUAGAAGAUGUUUGUAUAAAAAAAUGUACGUCAUAAAAGCCAUGUAAUGUUUUCCAGGAUUUAGCAUUUUUUUUCAACCAGGCUUCAGGUCGUUAAAGAUGCACGAUGGCCUUAUAGCCAUUAUUUAUUCAACAAAUAAAAUUCAAUCAACAUGGAAAGUGUAACAGUAGUGUGCACCCAACCCACUUUGCAGCCUUUUUCUGACAAUCAGGCUGUCAUUUUGUUAUGGAAGUCUUAACCUGCCUUUCUUUCCAACAUCUUUCCAACAUUGCUUCAGAUCAUUCAUUCCUUCAUGCACUGCUCCCAUUAUUGACUGAUUUGUCCUUCUCUUUUAAUUCUCCACUUUGGCAUUGCAGUUAUUUGUGGGUUUUUUUUCUUUGUUUACUUAAUUUAAUCAGAUCUAAACUUUUAGAGGUGUUAUGUCUGUCCGUCAUUUUGUAACCUCUAAGCACUUUGUUUUACAUGUGAAUGUACGAAAAGUGUUCUAUGAAUAAAAAUUAAUUGAUCGAUGGAUUUACAAUCUGUGAAAAAAAACCCCAUCAUUCUAGACAACUGGUCAAUCGCACACACACACAACUUUCCAAAACUAACUUCUUUUUUUUUUUUUUAGAGAGAGAACAAGCA